AUGGCCCGGCUCCGCGGCCUCGUGGUGCUGUUGGCAGCUUUGGCGCCACUCUGUGCCACCUUUGUCGGCAGUUUCUGGGCUUCGCGAGAUUUUCACCCUGGACGGACUUGGAAGGUGGCACUGCGGGCCACUGGCGACCUGGUUGCCGCUGCUGGUGGUGGCAAUGCUGCGCAGGUCACUGAGCUCCUCCAGUCCGGCACUUCGCCAGACACCGCGGAUGCCAAUGGCCAACGCCCGCUGACAGUGAUGCUGCUGUCGGGUGCUGUGCUCAUGCAGUUCAGGAUUGCCGCCGCUGGGCAGGGGCACAUCGAAGUCAUGGAGCGCUUGCUACUGGGCUGUUAG